AUGGAGCAUUUUGCUAAUCGAUCAACUCAAGCGCAACAACAUGUCUACACCACAACCCCCUAUAAUCUAUACCCUAAUCAACCACCCUACAUUGCAGGUUAUCAACCUGUUCCGCAGCAUCAUCCCGUAACAUUUCAGCAAGGCCCAAGCCAUUACUCUCGUCCGUCUAUUGGUACUGGCCAGAUAACAAAUAAUGUACAGCAACGGCAAAGUAGUCAUGAAGGUGGAAACGGUAUAAAUCGUGGUAGUGGUGUACACCAGGGCAGUAUUCCAUCGGGAAGUAUCACGCAUCAGAGUAUGCAUCAAUCAGGAACUGUUUCUGCUAAUGGAUCGCAUAGCAUUGCUCAAGGCAUUACACCACUAGCAGCUUCGCUUACCCCGCAUCAUUGUUUGCCUUCGUCUCAGGAUAUGCCAUUGCGAAUUGUUGUUGAUGCAAGAUAUGUGGGAGCCAUAAUUGGUCAGGGUGGAUCGAGCAUUCGUGAAAUAACUAAAGAAUCCAAAGCACGCUGUGUUGUUGAUGUGCAAAGAGCUUCUCGUGAUCUUACUAAAAAUGCCGAGAAGGUUAUAUCUAUUUUGGGGCAACCGGAAGGCUGUUCGAAAGCAUGUAUCAAAAUUUUGGAAGUUGUGAGGAAGGAAAUGGAAAAAGACAACAGUAUUUCGCAACAUCCUGAUAUUGAACUCAAAAUCCGCGCUCAUAAUCAGCUGGUUGGGCGUUUGAUUGGUAGAGGUGGCGCAACAAUCAAAAAAAUUAUGGAAGAUACUGGUGCUCAUAUUUAUGUAUCAAAUGAGCCAACCUUGGCACGUGAUACUUAUGCUUUGAUGCCACCCUAUGCUGCCUCAUCAGUGUAUGGAUCCGAUAUGUCAGUACAUCUGGAACGAACGGUUACUGUGAAAGCUUCCACGAUGAAUGUUGUUUCUGCAGCGGAGCAAAAAAUAAGUCAAAAAUUGCGUUUAAGUUUUGAAGCCGAUGUGAACAGUCGGAUAAUGUUUUCAAGUACAGGUGCUGCCGGAACUAUGCCUUUGAUGACAUCUAUGGGCGAAACAGGUUAUCUGGGUGCUGCUGCCGGUGUCCCAGCCGCUCAGUAUGUUCGCAAUACGGUUGGUACAGCGGUGGCUAUUACAGGCCAGCAACAAGUUCGUACUGUUCACAUGUGGGUACCUAAUAACAUGGUUGGUGCGCUUAUUGGUGCAAAGGGUGCUCACAUUCGAAGUGCAAUACGGCUGACAGGUGCGCAACUUCGCAUUGAAGGCGGUGGAACGAAUAAAGACAAGAAGGAAAGCAGAGGAGAAGGGAAUAAUGAAAAAAGUGAUAAGGAUAAUGCUGUGACUGAAUUAGUAAAGAAGGAACUGGUGGAAGCAGAUGAAAGGGUUAAUGAAUUGGAUAAGAAUGAAAAUAACAGCGAUGAAAAACAAAAUGGGAAGAAGGAAGAGAAUGUAGAAAAGGUGGCAUCACCAAAACUGUCGAAAGAUAAAGAUAAGGAUGUGCAUGCUGAAGAACGUCUUGUAACGAUUACUGGUAACGAUCCUCAACAAUAUAAGGCACAGUUUUGGAUAUAUCAGCGCAUUGCUGAACAAAGUUGCCACUACAUGGAUGAAGUACGAUUAUGUACUGAAAUUGCUGUUCCGAGCAGACUUGUUGGAAGAAUUAUUGGGAAGGGUGGUCAGAAUGUGCGCGAGCUGCAGCGUCUGACGGGUGCACAAGUAAAAAUUCCGGAUGAUGCAGGUGAUGAUGAAAACCAAAAAGCAACGAUUGUACGCGUACUCGGUAAUUUCCAAUCGUCACAGGCCGUACAAGUAAAACUUGGUCAGCUGAUCACUGAUUUUUCACAGCGGCUAAAUAUUGGGCCUGCCAAUGGGCAAAGUACUUCUAACACUCAGGCUACAGGUUCUUCACCGGGUCUUCAAGAAUUGCAGUGGUAA